GUAUUUCUCGCCUCAGUCUCUGAAAUUUUCAAACAUCUGCUCGCCCUCUCGAUCCUUAGCUGAAAGAGUGAAGUCAGCUUUAGAAAAGAUCGCCGAUUUAAACGCAAAAUGUCGAAAGUAACCUUCAAAAUAACUCUUACGUCCGACCCAAAAUUGCCUUACAAAGUACUUAGUGUACCAGAAAAUACACCAUUCACAGCAGUGCUAAGAUUUGCUGCCGAAGAAUUUAAAGUUCCUCCUGCUACAAGUGCUAUUAUAACAAAUGAUGGUAUUGGAAUCAACCCAACUCAAAGUGCAGGGAAUGUAUUUUUAAAGCACGGCUCUGAACUACGACUUAUACCAAGGGACCGAGUGGGAAGCCAACAUACGUGACUAGAAUGAAUUAUUUAUUAAAUGCCAAAGGGAUUAACACCAAAUACAAA